AUGGAUUCAGAGGACUCCAGUUUGAAUCCAUAUCGUUUCUCUCCUGGCUUCUUUGAUCUCCUCCAAAGUCAGCUUGAUACCCGCACAAGCAUUGACUCUCCUUAUGAGAGUCAAUGUUCUGACGUACCACCUGCAGCUGCAUCACCUGUUGGUAACCGCCGAGCAAGGCAUGCUUGGUUACCAGCAGAUGAUGUGAUGCUUGUCAGUGCUUGGCUAAACAUGAGUAAGGACCCGAUUACAUCAAACGAGCAGAGACGUGGAGCCGUUUGGGGAAGGAUUGCGGAUUAUGUAUCUAAAUGUCUGAAUGUUGUUGGUCGACCAAAGAGAGAGUCAAGUCAUUGUAAGCAGCGGUGGGGUAAGAUCAACGACACUGUGUGCAAGUUCGUUGGCUGUUAUGAAGCUGCGACAAGGGAGAAAUCUAGUGGGCAGAAUGAAGAUGACGUUAUGAAGCUAGCUCACCAGAUUUUCUUCAAUGAUCAGAACGACACGGUGUGUGAGGAUGGUUCUGCACAUCCUUCAACCUCCGAAGCUCCCAUUGAUGUCGAGGAUGAACCUAUGCAUCGUCUUACUGGUGUUAAGGCUGCAAAGGUGUUGAGAGGAAAGGCUAAGAAGAACAUCAACACUAAAGCGGAUGUAGAGGGAGAUGCUAAAGCUUUGUUGGAGUUUCAGAUGCAAGAGGUUGGGAGGAUGUAUGAGAUGAAGCAAAAGGACUUUGCUUUGAAAGAGAUGGAGUUCGCUCUGAAAGAGAAGCAUAGCAAGCAUGUGAUGCUUGAAAAUCUAACUGCAAACAAAGAUUCACUUACUGAAUCGGAAAAAGCUUUGAAGGACAAACUAAUUGAUGACAUGUUGUCAUCAGUUUGA